CUAGCCAUGGCCCGCAUCAUCGACCUGGUGCCCUGGGACGACUGCUCCACGCACGCGUACGCGUCCCCCGCCAUCCUGCCGCCGCUGGAGCCGCGGCGCAACCAGCUGGCUGGCGUGAAGCAGCAGCUCUACCACCCGGCCCUGCCCAGCCUGCGCCGCAUGGACAUGGACUCGGUCAGGGCCUGCCUUUCCGAUGAGCACUGCCGGUCCACCACCUACUGCCGCAGAGAUGACUUUGACAACGCUCACUUCACACUUUUGGGUGUCCCCAACAAACCCCUGCAGUGCUUGGACAUCACGGCGACCGGCCAGAGACUCCGCAACAGGUGCCGCGAGGGAAAGCUGGUACCCAUCGUGCCGGGCAUCAACCGGGUCGACUGGCCCUGCUUCACACGCGCCAUUGAGGACUGGUCCCGCUUCGUGUCCUCGGCCGGCGAGUUCAAGCUGCCCUGCCCGAGCAAGAGGGUCGAGAGUUUCAGUGGCUACGCGGUGCGGUACUUGAAGCCGGAGGUGACCCAGAACUGGCGGUACUGUCUCAACCAGAACCCCAGCCUGGACCGCUACGGACAGAAGCCCCUGCCUUUCGACUCCUUGAACGCCUUCCGACACUUCGGCUCAAUCUACAGUCGUGUCAACUAUCUGACCCCCUGGCAUUAAUCGAUGAAAAGGAAGCCGA